AUGGAUCCACUGCAAGUGCCUGUCCCCGAUAUACAGAAAUUAUUCGAUCGUGAUGGUUAUUUAAAGCCAUAUGAGCGGGAAAUCCGACGUAGAUAUGGCUGCUAUAAAGAUCUUUGGGACCGCAUUGAAUCAUGGGAAGGCGGUGUGGAUGGUUUCACUAAGGGCUACAAAUAUUUUGGGCCUCAAUACAAUCAAGAUGGUUCCGUCACUUGGCGCGAAUGGGCUCCCGGUGCUCACUCCCUGCAUCUUCAAGGCGAAUUCAACGGUUGGAACUCAAAAAGUCAUGCGUUUAAAAAGUUGGAGUUUGGUAAAUGGGAGCUUCAUAUUCCCGCCGAUUCCGACGGCUCCUGUCCGCUGAAGCACGGCAGUCGAGUUCAAAUAAUCGUCAACGAUCACCUAUACAGGAUAUCGCCGUGGGCCAGUUAUGUUAAACCGCACGAGGGGUUCACGUAUCAACAUUUCAUUUACAAACCAGAUCAGCCAUAUCAGUUCAAACACCCUAAAGUAGAAAGGCCAACAUCCCUAAGAAUUUAUGAAUGCCACGUGGGAAUAGCGACUCCUGAAGGAAAAGUUGGCACUUACAGCGAGUUCCGAGAUAAUGUUUUGCCGAGAAUCAAGAAUCAGGGUUAUAACGCAAUACAGUUGAUGGCGAUAAUGGAACAUGCGUAUUAUGCGUCUUUUGGAUAUCAAGUAACAAGUUUCUUUGCUGCCAGUAGCCGCUAUGGUACUCCGUGCGAACUGAAACAGCUGAUAGACCGUGCUCACGAGAUGGGAUUGUAUGUAUUACUGGACGUAGUUCACUCGCACGCCUCCAAGAACACCCUGGACGGACUGAACGAGUUCGACGGCACUAACUCGUGCUACUUCCACGACGGAGCGCGCGGCACUCACUCGCUUUGGGACAGUCGCCUCUUCAAUUAUUCCGAAACUGAGGUGCUCAGGUUCCUUUUGUCCAACUUGAGAUGGUAUCAAGAAGAAUACCAAUUUGACGGAUUCAGGUUCGACGGCGUGACGUCGAUGUUGUAUCACAGCCGCGGUAUAGGCGAGGGGUUCUCGGGCCACUACGACGAGUACUUCGGCCUCAAUGUGGACACCGAGGCGCUCGUCUAUUUGAUGCUCGCCAACCAACUCAUACACGGCACCGACUCCAGAGCCAUCACCAUCGCUGAGGACGUAUCAGGAAUGCCAGCGUCUUGCCGGCCUGUAUCCGAGGGCGGCACCGGUUUCGAUUACCGACUGGGCAUGGCCAUACCCGACAUGUGGAUCAAACUGCUGAAGGAGGAACGCGACGAGGACUGGAAGAUGGGUCACAUCGUCCAUACACUCACCAACCGACGAUGGAUGGAAGGCACAGUUGCCUAUGCUGAAAGUCACGACCAGGCACUGGUGGGCGACAAGACCAUAGCGUUUUGGCUGAUGGAUGCCGCCAUGUACACGCACAUGAGCACGCUCAGCGAGCCCAGUCCCGUGGUAGAGCGCGGGAUGGCGCUACACUGUAUGAUCAGACUCAUCACACACGCACUCGGUGGUGAAGGAUAUCUCAAUUUCAUAGGUAAUGAAUUUGGUCACCCCGAAUGGCUGGACUUCCCGCGCGCGGGCAACAACUCCUCGUAUCACUACGCGCGCCGACAGUGGAAUCUGGUGGACGAUCACCUACUCAAAUACAAAUUCCUGAAUCAGUUCGACAAGGACAUGAACGAGCUCGAAGAGAAACACCGAUGGCUUAGUUCACCUCCAGCUUAUGUGUCAUGCAAACACGAAGGCGACAAAGUGAUUGCAUUUGAGAGAGCAGGCCUAUUAUUUGUUUUCAACUUCCACCCAUACCAAAGCUUCACGGAUUAUAGAGUCGGUGUAAACGUACAAGGGAACUAUAAGGUUGUAUUAUGUUCAGACAGCAAAAAGUAUGGUGGUUUUGGUCGUGUAGAAAUAGAUGGGCAAUCGCAUCUAACGCAAGAUCAACCGUGGGCCAAUCGUAUUGAUUCAAUUCAGGUAAAUAAUUUUGAUACAAUUAUUAAAUUAAUUUAUGUAAAUAAUCCAGAAAAUGGCAUAUUCUAA